GGCGUCCGCUUUUGGCACUGCCGUGUGUUGGCUCCUCCCGGUGGAGUCUGGGCUGCUGUCGGGAUCGGUCUCAGCCUCGAAGUUUGCAGUCCUCCUCCGCCGGCGCUGCAGAGCUCGCCGGUGCGUUAGGACGAGCCGCUGUCGCUGGGCUGCCGCUGCACCACUACCCGUUGCCAUGGCUGCUCUGCUAAUGGUGCAUCGCCCGCUGCCGCCGUUACAUCAUUCUUGUGGUGCCACUGCAUCGCCGGCGGGGAGCGGAGCGGCAGGACCUGCGCUGCUGUCGCUUCGUGCUUUCUCGGCGCGCGCUUGAGGAGGAAAAGUUUGGUGGGGAGCCUGAGCAGGAGACGUCUCGCGGUAACUUCACCCUGGGCGGCAGCAGCUCUCGAUGGCUCUGUCGAAUCUCUCUGUGUGGCUUCGGGAUGCGUGGGCAGGAGCCACCUCUAACCUAGACCUCGAGAGCAAGAAAGCUGCCCAUGCCAAGCUGCCAUGGCAGCAGCCGGUGAACGUGUUCCUGGCCUCCGGCCGCCCGCCAGGCAUGGAGCAGCUGCACCAAGAGGCCCAGCUCAACCUCCAGAGCUUGCUGCAAGAAGAGUAUGAGGAGCAGUACACAGAGACCAGGGUCACCGGGCAGACCUUCCGCGCCGCCAGCCACCUGCCCCCAGACACCCCCUCUGAGCCGUCACCCCGGCCCCCACCUGCCAAGCGUCUCGAGUUUGUGCUUAUGCCCCCAAGCCGGCGAGCAAACGAAGAUCAGACCACCACUACCACACUUGGUGUGAGGCCUCCCGAGGCCUCCCUGAGCCUCCCCACCACCCCGGACAAGCAGACAGCCUGGACCAGGGCCUUCCCCCUGCCCACCGUGGAGGAGAAGCAGUGGCACCAGUCCUGUUCCAUCCAGACCAACAUCGUCCCCAUCAAUGUCUCUGGGCAGCACUUUACUAGGCACGCGAGUGCUCGUCACUCCCUGUUUAACACAGAGACCGCGAUGAACCCCAAGUCCACCCUGCGGCGUAGACGGACCAUUAUCGGAUUCCCUAACCUGUCCCUGCGAGACCAAGGCAGCACCAACGGCCCCACGUUCAACACGCACGCGCCCAUCGCAGAGUCCGUGUCCUGCAGCUUUGUGCCUGAGACUGCUAAUGGGAGAAAGCCACCCCAAGAGAUAAGCCCCUGCCAGCCACUUUCUGCCCCACUGAGGAAGACCUUCAGUGACCUUGGGGAGACACUGCAGGCACGGUGCUACCAGCCACCUGCCAAGAUGGACAAUGCAGCCAUGACCUACACUGGCGCCUGCAAUGGGCCACAGGGCUCCACCUUCUCCCCGCCAUGGAGCGCCAGUUCCUUCAGCUACGCAAGUCCCCCCAGCCCCGCUGCAGUCCAGAGCAAGGGGCCUGCAUGUGCUUCACCAGGCAGCUCCAGCGCGUCGCCCAACCUGGGCUCUCCCAUGGACACCGACCGGGCAGCCUCUUUCUUCAUCGCGAAGGAGGAGCACGUGGGAAGCAAUGGGCCCAGCUCCUUCUCCUGUACAGUGCCUGAGUUCCCCCCAGCCACCACAGGCAGCCAGAGGUGUGAGGGCCGAGAAACCAGAGUGAAUUUCUUGCCAGGAAGCAAAGAGGAGACAGAGACAGAGAGGGAGCCAUCACGCCUGGAGGUGGACCGGGGAGCCUGCCGCUUUCGCGAGCGGUCACUGUCAGUGCCCACUGACUCGGGCUCCCUGUGCUCCAUGGACAUCACAUAUGCUGAGAACCGGAGGGGCAGCGCCAACUACACCUUGAACUACCCCAGUGCCAGCUCUGAGGGCAGCACAAGCACUGAUAAUGUCUCCAUGGGGCUGGAACAAGACACUCAGCAGAGGCGACGCUCCAAAAGCAUCUCCCUCAAGAAGGCAAAGAAGAAACCUUCACCACCUACACGCAGUGUCUCUCUGAUUAAGGAUGAGCAAGUCACCUCAGUAGGAUCUGGCCCCGCACUGCCAAAGGAUCAGAGACCCAAGAGCCUAUGCAUACUGCUAGACCCUCAGGGCCACCGGCUGGUGCACGCAGAUCCACAAGGGAGCGCAGGCAGAGAGCCCAACGGUGUGGCCCUCUCCCAUCAGUGGUAUCUCACAGACUGGAAGACUGGAGAUCCCUACCAGUCGCUUUCUGGCUCCAGCACAGCGACAGGGACCACAGUGAUCGAGUGUGUCAAGGCUCGGGGCAGCUCUGAGUCCCUCACAUCCCCCUCUAUUUCCAGGGCCACAACACCCUCCCAACUCUCCACAGAGGUGGACCUCAAAACCUCUUCCCCGGGUAGGCGCACUGGACUGAUGUCCCCAUCUAGUGGGUACUCCAGCCAGUCAGAGACCCCAACGCCGACCAUCCCCACAUCAAUGAUCCUUGGGCACUCCCCACACCAGGUGCGUGUGAGGCCACUGGUCCCUGAGAGGAAGUCCUCACUGCCCCCCACAUCCCCCAUGGAGAGGAGCCCCAAGUCCAGGCUGUCCUUUGACCUGCCACUCACACCGCCCGCCCACCUUGACCUCUCGGGGCUGAAGAUCUCCCUGAAGGGGAAGACGAAAGUCAGUCGGCACCACUCUGACUCCACCUUUGGCACCAAGCUGGCCCAGAAGACCAGCCCCAUCCAGCCCAUCAUGCCCAUGGUCACGCAGUCCGACCUGCAGUCCGUCCGCCUGCGCUCCAUCAGCCGGUCAGAGCCAGAGGACAGUGCGGAUGGCCCAGACCAUGGCGAGGAGCCAGCACACGGCCCCUGCACUGUGCCUGAGAGAAAGAUGAAACCACCUGUGGCAGAGAAGCCACCACUGGCCAAACGGCCCCCAAGCAUCCUGCCCAAGCCCCUGGUCCUGCGGGAGGAGGGUCCCCUGUCCCCCACGUCCCCACCAAGCAUCACUGCCAAGGAGAAGGACAGCUUCAUGGUGCUGCGGAAAGGGGAGCUGAGGAGGAGUCCGGCAGAGCCCUUCUCGACCCCAGCCUUGGCAGGGCCACGGCGGCUCUCACAGGGCAGCCUGGAGGAUGAGCCGCGGCCAGAGCGCAGUGGUGCCGUUGAGGGGGAGCGGAGGAAGUCGAAGGUGCCCCCGCCAGUGCCCAAGAAGCCCAGUGUGCUUUACCUGCCACUCACACCAGUCCCAGCUCAGCAGGGAGCCAGCACGGGGGACCAGGUACUGACCCCCAGCCCCAUCAUCACACUGGAUGCCGACACCAGCUGCUGCGACCCAGAUGCCGAUGACCUGCCUCCCCCAGAGGCCCUGGGCACAGCGCAAGGUGGCGAGACCCCCUCCGAGCAAGGCAGCUCAACAGAGGCCAGCGUGGAGGAGAAGAGCUUCGCAAGCGAUAAGACGGCCGACUCCAUUGCGGAGGAGGAUGAUGACGUGUUCGUGGCAUCCCGCACGACAGAGGAUCUAUUCACCGUGAUACACAGGUCGAAGAGGAAGGUGCUUGGGUGGAAGGAACCCGGAGACACGUUUGGCACCCGGCCCAAUUCCCACUCACCCGUAAAGACUUCAGGGUCUCCAACCAGUGAGUCGCCUGCAUCAGUGGUCAGCACAGGGAAGUCCUCAAGCAGGAAUGAAGACUUUAAGGCCCUGCUACAGAAGAAGAGCAGCAAAACCAGCCCUGGUACUCGGCCAUCUGCAGCUGAACUGCUCAAGACCACAAACCCGCUGGCUCGGAGGGUCAUAACAGAGUUUGCCCCUGAGCUAGAUGGUGCAAAUAGCCCCAAGAGCCAGCCCUAACCAUGCACAGUCCCUUCUGGCUAUAAAGGGCUUGAGAUGGCUGCAGGGAGAGUACUGCUCCAGGUGGUAGCUUUGUGCACUCAGCUCUCUGCAGAUGGGGUGUCUCAGGCUGCCCAUGUGAGUCCGUGUGCCCUGCUGGGGUUUUUAUUUUUCUUUUGCUUCUUCCUUGGUGAAUCUUCUUUUGAUGUUCUCCGAGGGGAGAGCAGCUGAUGGAGAGGCAGUGUUUUGACCCGAGGACACCAUGGCUCUGAUGGAGAUGGGAUAUGUCAAGGGGGCAAGAGGCGGGCAUGGAGCACCACAAAUGGGAUCAUUCUCUGCUGAACCAGCUCCCUGGACCCUUCCAGCAUUUGCCUGGCACCUCCCCUUCCUGCUUCCUGGAAGCCAGAAACGGACUGCAGCCCAGGUGUAUUUCAGCAUCCACAGUGAAGCUAGCUUGAAACUGUUUGGUCACUUCGGCAUGUGGUACUUUAAAUGGCUUUUAUAAUGCACAGUGUUGAUGAUGUUUUAUUCUCUUUCUUUUGACACUGUAACUUGAGUUUCCCAGGCAAAGAUCCUAGGUUUGAGUUCAGCUGGAUACAUGGAGAUUCACUUUGGGAAGACAUACGGGGCCAGCUGGAAAUGAGGUUGCUUUGGAAGAGCCACAAGCAGUUUUCACUCGUCAUCCAAAGCAUACUCUCCCACCACACUGGUGGACCAGGCGCCCGCAGCCAGUGCGGUGAUCUCAGGCCAAAAUCCAGUCAAUUGAAAGCCCCUGACAAUGCUGCAUUUCAAAGAGCUCUUUGGCCCCAGCCCAAAAGCGACACCCAGGGAUGCUAACGCCAUCUCCCGGGGAGCCGUGCUCCAUCUUCAGAUGCCGUCUGCACAGAGCCCAGCUGAACUGAGCGCAGAGGUGGUCUGUGUGGAGGCACACGGCAUUCCUGUGGGAUCAGACCCUGCCAGAAUGAGCUGGUCCCAUAGGAGGCAGUUGAUUUCAGUUAAAUUAAAAUAUGAGGUGAGUUUUGGCCUUGCUGAUGCGAGAAGGAAGGGGCAGCAACGGACCAGCGCUGCACUGAGGGAGUGAGGAGUUUCCUUCCCUGGCUCUGCCUGUUGCAUGGGACUGAAGCACCACGGAAAAGCAGGGUGGACCUGCGUCUCCAGCAAACCUCUGCUGCUUCAGUUGCUGGAGGUCCUCAGUUCCUACUUAGCUGUUGGCCAAACCCAGCCAGGUCCAUCUACCUAGAUCUGACGUGAUCCUGUCCAUCUCCUGGUUUAUUCCUGGGGUCCCUCCCUACCAACGCAGGCUGUUACCCACUGCCCUGUCUGUGUCCACCGGUGGUGGCAGCGGGGAGCUGCACAAGACUGAGCAGGACAUGCAUGCAUGCGGAGUGCCCUGUUCCACUCACAAAGCGGUGGCUGUGUCCCGCUGGUGUCUGGAGGGUGCUGUUGGCAAUGCCAUCAACCCGCCAGCACACAGGUCCCCAAGCCAGCCAGACUGCACUUCCCUGAGUGUGCAUGGAGCGGGGGCCUUCCCAACACCAGGAGACAUUGGCAGUGUCAAGGUCUCCCUAGUGCCAGGAGACAUGCACAGGGCCAGGCUCUUGCAAGAUCAGGCCUCCGUGGCUCCCUGACAAAUGUGGCCCCUUGCUGCCAGGCAGGCCCCCCAGCACCGCGUGUGCACUGCCACAGUGAGACAGGCAGAUCAGAGCACCUGGGCUGACGGCCUCCAAGUUCCUAGCAGGAGAGGACAGGGCAGCAUCAUGCCAGCGAUGUGAUCAAAGCACUGCUGUCUACCGCACUCCGCAUCCUGCUGGGACACUGCUGAUUGCUGCCAGCCACCGCAGGAGUUGGUAGCAUGGUGGGAAUGGCCCUGGGGCCCUGCUGAUCAGCCAGGCUGCUGGAGCUCAGCCUCCCCGCAGCAGCUGGAGCUGCAGUUUGGGGCCCCUCAGAGACACAGCAAGGCUGGGCUGGACCUGGCAAGGUGCCCCAUAUUAGGAGUGGCCAGGACACAUUGCUGACGCGUGCAGCAGACCUCGUGCUGUGUGUUCGUGCAUGCAUGCAAACACAUGUGUGUGUUUGUGUGUCUGUGAGCAUGUGGGUGUUACAAGGAGGUGGGACGUGCCUUGGCAGGGGGAUGCUGAGUAGCAGGCAGCAGGGUUUCUGAGGAACCUCCCCCACCAAGGCAUGCCAAAGGGAUGGUCUGAACAUCUCCCUCUGCGAUACCAGCCCAUGCCCAGGUGCAAGAAUGAGAGAACAAGCUGAGAUUCCUCCUGCUCACCCUUCACCCUGAGCUCAUUUCAGCAGCUUCUUCCAGGUGGGUACCCACACCCAGCUGGCACCAUUGCAGUGCAAUGGGUCCCACCGCACAGACUCGCUGGGGGGAGGAGCACCUGCACCAUGGCACUUGGCAGGGCAGUGUCUGGCUGCUCUGUCCCAUGGCUUCAACUCCACGAUGAGGCUUUUUAUGUUUGAGGUCCCCCAUGGGACUGUCUCUGUGGUGACUCUCCCAUCCUCUUAGCCCAGACACCCUUCGUGCCCCUGCAGACCUUAGAUGGGCACAUGGCUGCAGCAGCUCCAGCUGCAUUCAGACACAGGGGCCUGGCUGCAGAAGGAGAAGGGGAGUUUUUAGGAGAUAAUGACAGAACUUGGCCUAAAACUGAGGGCUAACACCUAGUGCUAUGAUGGGAGCCCCAGCUCUCAGCAAUGUGGGUGCAAGGUCCACAGUGCAGGGAAUGAAUCGUCCCCUCGUGAGGGAUACAGGUGGCAGAGCCAGCCAGCUCCAGGAUGGCAUCUCAGGCCCUGCCUGGGACCUAAGGCCGUGGAGAGCCUUCCUCCCUCCAGAGCAGCGUUUUGCUCCAAGGUGGCAUCUCGUGGGAGGAAGACAGGGCUGAAGAGCAUGAGGCAGUGUGAAGGAGAGAACCAGCAUGGUCUAGUAAUGCCAGUCACCUUCUCUGAGGAACAAGCACGGCUGCAAGCUCAUAGCAAGAGAGAAAUGGCCAGACAGUGACUACCGGAGAAACAAGGUGUUCAAAAAAAUUAGACUAUUUCUUUAUAUAUUUCUGUAAGCUCCAGUGUGCUCCAAACCUCCUGUGCCUGGGGAACAGUGAGGCAGCCAGGCCCAGGGUCCCUCCUCCAGGAGCCACAGGGAAAGGGGUGCCUGUCACACAGGAUCCUAUAGCACAAGGAGGGCCCAGCACUGGAACGGGAGGUGAAGGACAGGACCGCAGCAUCCCAGGUCCUGCGUGAGGACUCGUGCUGUUGCUUGGCUGGUGUGGAGGCACUGCAGCACCACGAUAGUGAUCCCUUGGAAGGGCCAGGGCUGGUUUGGUGCCCACAAGAGGGUCUCUACCCCUCUCAGGAGCUCUGCACAUAGAUUGUGCCCACAUGCCUGCUGUCCUCCUGCUGGUCUGGGCCCCACAGGGAGCAAACACCUCUUGAGGAGCAUCCCCUCCCCAGGACUGUGCUGGAUUUUACCCUCAAAGAGGCUCAGUUCUCCCUGUCGUCUUUUUUUUUUUCCCUUCCCAUUACUUGCACACUGCUCCCCUCCCUCUCGUGGGGUUGCAUAAUUAAGCCUGUAAUUAAGAUCCAGGCUGAGAAACUCAGGAAAAAAAAGCUCAUACAAAUUUCUGUGCUUCAUCUGUUUCGGAUACUCUGGUGCCCACCCCCCAGCCCUCCUCCUGCUCCUCCCGGGCCCUGCUGCACGAGGCUCUGUGCUGGCAUGUGGGGCAGCGAGGGAGCAGUGGGGCAUGCCGCACGGCCUUGCCUGUCCUGGCACAGCCUGAGGAGCUGCUGCGGCCGGAGAGGUACUCGCAGGGGAGAAGGAAGCUCUGGGAACAAGUACAUUUUGCACAUGACUGCUCAGGAAAGCGAUAGCGGUGGAGGAGCAUGGGCACUGAAGCGUAACCAGCCAGCGGACGGGACUCUGCAAAGCGGGCUGGGGAGAGGAACAUCAGUAUAAAAAACCUGUUGGCGAAACCAGUCACCUCAUAUCUAAUAAGAAAAGCCUCAAAACCCUAGGCUGUCCCGGCAUGAAAUCCUGGCUGCUUAGCCAGGAUUUGGCCACCUAACAGGAGUCCUGCAUCCUCUGUUUCCUCGGUCCUGAGGAAGCAGCUCUUCCCCGCGGAGCUGGCAAGCUCCGGGAUGAGAACCGAGCUCUGGCUGUUUGUUUCCUCAUCUCCCCACCUAAAUGAAUGUAGAAACUUUUUUUUUUCCUGCCAGCUGUUUCGUUGCAGCAAAACAAGCUUGCAGCGCCUCGGGGAGCCGUGCCGCAGCCACCAGUACUGUGUCCCCAGGUGCUGCGGGCCAGGCGGGACACGGAGACCUGCUGCUGCUGCUGCUGCUGGCGAGUCCUGCCCGGAGGUCAGCGACCGGCCGAGCCCCAGCCCCGCUCCCAGUCGCAGCCCCGCACGGUGGCAGGGGCUGGGGCGAGCCACGGUUUAUUCUCCUGAAUGUUGUACUUUUUAAUCUCGCAAGCUUGGUAAACUGCUCCCUGCUGA